GUUUAGACCUCGUGAUAGUAACUAAGGACCAGGGUUAGUGGUUGCCAUUGACAACCGGACCCGUGCUGUCUCGACAACAACAGCUCGCGCGCACGGACUCCAGUGAAGCCGGAAGCCGGAGGGAGUUCACUCAUGUGAGGAUCAUUUAUCUGUUUUAAUAUCUUUUUCACAAGUAACCGACUCAAACUAACAAAGUAAACUCCUGUGUAGUAUUUGUGGAAGACAGUGUGUGACGAAGGAGCGGACGGACACACACACACCGCGUGGUCCUGGCCACUUUGACCGACAGAUAUUGAGUUACAGAAGCGGAACCAGACACUCAGAGAAGUGAUCCAAAUGUCUGAAUUUGCGCAGUUGUGUUGGAUCUUCUGUUGACCACAAAGGGCACAUGAGCAGGUGAAGAGAGAGAAGCAAAUCGAGAGGAGCGUGCUGCCUGAUUAUGACGGCUGUUGUUCGACCCGGAGUCAACGUGUCAGGGCUCUGUGCGGAUGGAAACAAGUUCCUUGAAGCUGGAGAGCUGGGGAGGGCUACCUCUCUCUACCUGUCUGCCUUCAGGACCCACGCUGCCUCCACCAUGUCCCAUGUGCGGAAGCUAAAGGAGCCCUGUCUGGCUGGAGUGAUCUAUACCCUGGAAAGUUGGCUUGAUGGUCAGGGCGAACACCUGCCUGCAGAGGGUCUAAAUAAAGGCCUGGCCGCGGUAUUUCUGUCCACACUGUGCCCCAACAAUCUGUCUGCCACCAUUUUCAAAAUGGAGUCUCUCCUCCAGAGUGGCCAGCAAGGCUGCGAGCAAAUUGUUGCCCGCUGCACUGCUCUGCUCGAAGGGAAGAGACACCCUCACCCAGAUGGGUCGACUCGAAUGCUGCUGGAGAUAACUCGAGCUCUGGCCUGCUUGUUGGCAGAGCCUCACAGUAUCAAGGGGAUUAAGCUUUACCUUAAAGCUUACCAGAGAAACAAAUCUGAAAUUGUCAUGCUGGUGAAAUCUAGACAGGCUCAGCAUCUAUCAAAAAUAGUCAAGGCCUUUACCAUCCAAAUACUGCAAUUGCAUCCUUCUCUGUUGUUUGACCGCGAGGUGGCCGUAACGUCAAAACAGGAUGAUAAGCUGAGUGCAGAGGCUUCUUCUGUAAUCAUUGAGUUUCUGUUGGCUAUCUCCCCUGUUAAUAGAGAGGUGCAGGAGCUUCAAGCAGCAUAUUUGUUUUUGACAGGCAGGUUCAGGGACAGUUCAGAAGUGUACUCUGCCCUCCUGAACAGUGGGAAAGGCCAGAAAAUGUCAGCGAGUAGUGCAGACAAGCCUGUCCAGGAUAGUCUGGAGAGGAGAGCUCGGCUCUUAACCAGUCGAGCAGCUGCCUGCUUCUCAGCAGGGGGAUGGACUGCAGAGGCAUGUGGGGAUCUGGGGGAGGCGUUUGAGAUUCAUCCUGCCACUGCCCGAACUUAUUUCCAAAAGCUCUUCACAGAUCACGGCACAGGGAUGGCUGCUCGCAACCAUCUCCGUCAGCAGGCAGAGAAGGGCCUGUGUGGUUACAGAGAGAGGGUCCUUGUCCGUCCAGACCUGCGGUCCACCGAAGGAGUUGAACUCCUGGACCCUGCCAUCACGCAGUUACGAGCCCUGUGCCAUUUACAGCCUGACGGGGGAGGCAGAGAGCUGCGGGUACGACUGGCAGACUGUCUUCUCCUCAGAGGGGAACACAAAGAGGCCCUCUCUAUCUGUAGCCAGCUAGCAGCUGCCCAAGGUCAGCAGAGCUACCAAAACACAGUGCAGGUUCUUCGAGGGUAUGCAAGACUGCUUUGCGAUGACCACAAGGGGGCGUUAGAAGACUUCCAGGCUGUGAUUGAACACAAUGCCCCCCACCCUUCCAGCUGCGUGCGGGCACUCUGUGGCAGGGGGCUCCUCCGCAUGAUGGGUGGCUCAAACUAUCUCACAGCUCUAGACUAUGUGACGGCCAGCAGGCUUCAGCCUCAGGAAACAGCACUGACCGUUCGCUGCUUGGUGCCAUGGAACUGCCGGGGGCUGCUGUUCACUGUUUUAGUGGAGCAGGGACGAGUCAUGCUGGAGGGGACUGAAGAGCACGAAUGCAAGUCCAGAUCCACUGAAGACUCCCAGCAGCCUCAGCAGGACGAUACGGGCCCUUCAAAGAGAGACAACCAGAGAUCAGGGACUCCUGCUGGAGUCCAGUCCCUGGCGGCUCUGCUGAUUGAGCUCCAGCCAGGCGCUGAUGGGCCUCAGAUCCUGGCAGCUGAUGCCUUGUACCAACUUGGCCGUGUGGAGGAAGCCUACCGGCUACUGCUCUCUGUCGGGCCCACCAGUCCUCGAGCACCCAUUCUGGCUCGCCUCGCCCUGCUGCAACUGCACAGGGGCUUUCUUUAUGACACCAAUCAGCUGCUGAAAAAGCUCAUUCAGUGCGGUGACACGAGCUGCUUGCGCCCCCUGUUGGCGGUGGCACAACGGAAGGACCGUGCCUUGUUACAGGGACACUGCCACUCCAACGCAAAACGCAUCCUGACCAACGCGAGAGAGGAGGGUGAUGUCAGGGAGGCUGUGGCUUAUCUGUCCAUCGCCAUCAUGGCUUCUGGUGGUGAGGCAGCAGACUCAUUGCUGGAAAGAGCGAGGUGCUAUGCCGUGCUGGGUCAACGUAAGACGGCCAUCUUUGAUUUCAGUGCCAUUCUGAAGGAGCACCCGAAACACGUCCAGGCUCUCUGUGGUAGAGGCUUCACCUAUCUCAUGCUGAAUCAAAAUAAGGAGUGCACUCAUGAUAUCCUGGCAGCACUUCAGAUAAACACUGACAUAGUUACCAAAGACAUCCUGUCACUCAAGGACAAGGCGCAGAAGCUGGUCUGUGAUUGGCUGCAUCACUUCUGUCGGACCAGUCUGUCAGACAUCCUGGUGACCAGUGCCGUCCCCUGCCACGACGAGCAGCUCAGAGAGGCUUUUACAAUCAGCAGAGCUCUGAUGAGGACUGACUGCAGAGAGCCCAGAUGGCAUCUCCUCUACGUGGACUUGCUCUUAGCCAAAGUAAUCCUUACUCCUGCUGAUGUGGUCCAUCCGCCUCAGGUGACCUUAAGGCUGCAGGCGCUCAUCUGUGCCAGGUGUUCGGCCAGGAGCCAAGAGACGCAGCGGCCCAGGGCAGCAGCACAGGAGGCCAGUGGUGUGUCAUCAGGUGGCCAGUGGGAUCAGGCCCUCACUCUUCUCACUGUAGCUGUGAAAGCAGUGGGCAACCACAGACUCCAGUAUUUUCGCCAGCGGGCCGCCUGCCUUGCUCAGCUGGGCUUGAAUGAGCGAGCGAUAGCUGACCUUGACUUCGUUAUCCAAAAACACGGUGGCUCCGACUCCAGCCGCUCCGAUGACCAAGUCUUGGCGGAGGACCUGUGUCGGAGGGGGCGCUGUCUGGUGCUCUGUUCCAGAGAAGGAGCGGCCCUGAAGGAUUUCACUCAGGCCCUGGAGCUCCACAGGGACCAGGCCAUCCACUGUGUGGAGGCUGGUCUGGGGAGGCUGCGUCUGGCUGAGUGCUACCUGCGGGGGGCGCUGCAGCACUAUGGCGAGCAGCAUCUCAGCAAAGCCUGGACGUUGAUUGAAUGUGGCCUUGCUAUGGACAGUGAGAACCCAGAGCUCCGCAGACUGAGGGCAAAGGUCAAACGGGAAGUAGCCAGCCCCUGCAACGUCAACUAGCGUUGAUAGUCAGAGGAUCAGACAGGACACAGCAGCUCCAGCUGAGUUUAUAAAAUUAAGCCAUGUCAGUGCCUGAACCCGAUGUCGUAUUGUGGAGAAACCGUCAAACUGAUGAGAAAUCGUACGUGUUAUAGGACAUUCGCUGGUUCUUUAACGACACAGUGUUUUAAUUAAUAUAAUGUCCUCCAAGAAUGAACUGCAGUUGUUUUAAUCAAUAUCUUUAUAAUCACAGCAUGGCAGAACAUUGAUAAGAUAGGAAACUGUGAAUCAUGGAUUUUUGUAGAUUUCUUUUAUUAUCCCUUAUUAAAUGAACCACUCAACUUUGUUAAUUCAUACAUUUGAUCAUUGUAACAUCACUAAUUGAGUACUUGUGGAAAUGGAAGACAAUACAUGACGGUCAUGAUGAUAUUAUUGCAUCAAGAGAGUCACGCAUCAUGAAAUAGAUAGCCGGGUUUAUUUCAAACCAUCACACUCUGAUAAAUGAUUUAAGAAAGUGCCUGACGUGCAGGGUUUAUCUAAAAUCGCAGAAGGCACAAUUUUCUUUAAUAAUAUUUAAGCAUAAUUUGAGUGUAUAUAAAAACAGGAAAACAGGAAUAAAUACUGGAAUUUAGUUCGUACCGCUGACGUUAAAGAAUGAUUUAAAACAUUACUACUCCUUUAGGUGCACCUGAGCGGACAUUAUAAUUUGGAAUAUAGCUUUAAAUGUGUACAUAACCUGUGUCACAGGUGCGUAGAAAGUACUCUGGUGUUACACAGACACAGUGAUGUAUCGUGGUUCCAUGUUUCCGAAGUAGGAUUUUUCCCACUCGC